UGUCAUGCGUGACGCAAAUUUUCUCAUUAACCUCUUUUUGUUGCAUCUCGUUAAUUUAUUAAAAAUAAGAAAAAGAAACAUUAUUAUGCUAAUUUAACUUAACUAAUUAGCUUCAUAUUAAAAAUAAAAUGGCCCUGUGUGUUUCCAAUAAAAUCGGUGCUUUAAGAAUAUUGGAAGAGAAAUUUAAAUUGCUCAGUUUGGUUACCCUAAAUAGUAAAAGAGACAAACAUUUAAAUCCAAGACCUCGCCUUAGAAACCCCAGUUGGCUGACAAAGAAAAACUUGGCAUACAGAGAAGACGAAGUAACACCAGAAAACAAAGGUUUUCUAAGAGAGGUUGUUAAAGACAAAAUAAUAGAAUGUACAAGUAAAACUGUGCAGGUACCAGCUACUAUACCGUGGACUCCACAAAUGCAACGAACAGGAGUUAUUGCCAAAAAAAUUGGUAUUUAUCCUUUGUGGUUUAAAAAUGGCAAGAAAAUCCAAACGACAUUAUUGCAAGUACUGGACAAUCAUGUAAUUAAAUAUUUCACCCCUGAAGAGUAUGAACCCACUAGACAACUAAGACCAAGAGUAGUCCGCAAAAAAGGUUGUGUCCUCAUAGGAGCUGAAAUUGCAGAUCCUUCCAUGUUCACCAAAGACUAUUGUGGCUUAUUUAAAGACUCUGGGGUGUUGCCCACUAAGUGGCUUGGUAGAUUUUUCGUAAGCCCCGGUGCUGCACCCCCCAUUGGGACAACUAUCACUGCAAAACAUUUCCAGGUUGGCAACUAUGUUGAUGUUAGAGGGAAAACUAUUGACAGAGGUUUUCAAGGGGUAAUGAAAAGGCAUGGUUUUAAAGGUAUGCCUGCUUCACAUGGUGUGACUAAAACUCACAGGAGAGGUGGAAACAUUGGAGGUGGUGGGGAAAAAGGUAGAGUGUGGCCAGGUACUAAAAUGCCCGGUCACAUGGGUAACAGAUACAGGGUUGCCAAAGGGUUAAAAAUUUGGAGGAUAAAUACCAAAUACAAUGUUCUUUGGGUCUCUGGACUCGCUAUACCUGGGGAGACGAACUCUCUUGUAUAUGUUUUUGAUUCUAAGUUGCCUUUGAGGAAGCCAACGAGCGCGUUGCCUUUCCCUACUUAUUUCGAACAGGAUAAUGAAGAAAUUCCUGAAGAUAUUUUCGAUGAAAAUGUUCAUCAGUUUUCAGAACCCACCAUUUUGUUUGAAGAAAAAUAGUUGUAAGUUGCAAUAAAAUAGUGUUUAAAUAUUUAAAA